ACAGACAUCCCAACAGACAGUCGCGGGCAGCUUCCAAGUCGCGGCGGAGGAAGUGGCGGCGUCCGAUCCCAUAGAGGCUGUGGGGAGGGCGCCCCCGCUGGCCAUUCCCAGUCCCUGCUUGGCCUUGGAGCCCUGCCUGCUUUGGGUUGGAACAGGAGAGGUCCAGGAGGAGACCUUCGCUGCCCGCUGGAAAGGACGCAACAGCAUCAAUUGCUGUCCCUGAAAACAUGGAUCCCAGCGGCAAGGACAAAGAGAAGGAACAGGUUGGGCGCUGGGAUAACCUGUCGGAAAUGGCUGAGCCUCAUGCCCACCAAAAUGCUCCUCAGAGGGCUGUUCUGAGAGAGAUCUCCGAAAAUGGACAGUGCCGGAGACCCUGUGUCCAGGGAAUGACCAUAGUGAAGCAUCUCUCUGGAGCUGAAAAUGUCUUUCCUGCUACUAGAGAGAGUGUGUUGUCAGUUUGCUUGCCAUCUAAACAAGACUUCGAUGUUUAUGUUGAUGAUGUGGAAGAGAGGAGCCGGUGUAGCUAUAUGGCUGUAGAAGAGGUGGAACCCACCAUGUGUGAAAUCGAUAGCAGCGCACUAAAGCCCAAUAUCCACCUGUUGCUGACUUUGAGUACAGGAUCUCCUAUGUCAGUGGAUAGGUCUUUGCAGCAACAAAAUGAAGAGCUUCGGGAUUCCAACAUGGAUGUCAUGAACUUUGUAGAGUAUGAGGAAGAUAUUCACUGCUACUUGAGAGGGGCUGAAGUGAAAUACAAGCCCAAACCAUGCUACAUGAGGAAGCAGCCUGACAUCACUUCAGGAAUGCGUGCCAUCUUAGUGGACUGGCUGGUGGAAGUUGGAGAGGAAUACAAGCUCCAGACAGAGACACUGUAUCUUGCGGUGAACUACUUGGACAGGUUUCUUUCUUGCAUGUCUGUCCUCAGGGGGAAACUGCAGCUUGUAGGAACAGCAGCAAUGCUUGUAGCUGCGAAAUAUGAAGAAGUCUAUCCACCCGAAGUAGAUGAGUUUGUGUACAUAACGGAUGAUACCUACAGCAAAAAACAACUCUUGCGAAUGGAACAUCUGCUCCUCAAAGUGCUAGCUUUUGACUUGACAGUGCCUACUAUCAACCAGUUCCUCCUUCAGUAUUUACAGAGGCAUGGCGUCAGUCUUAAGACUGAGAACUUUGCCAAGUACGUAGCAGAACUGAGUCUCCUCGAAGUUGAUCCUUUCCUGAAGUACCUUCCUUCCCAAAUGGCAGCUGCUGCUUAUUGCCUGGCAAACUACACUGUGAAUAGGCAUUUCUGGCCUGAAGCCCUUGCUGUGUUCACCGGAUACUCACUGAGUGAGAUCGUGCCCUGUCUAAGUGACCUGCACAGAGCAUGCCUUGAAGCUCCUCAUUGGCAACAGCAAGCAAUAAGAGAGAAAUACAAGCUGGCAAAGUAUUUGGAAGUAUCCCUCCUGGAGCCUCCACUCAUUCUCCCUCUACAGUGAAUGCCAACGUGACAAUUAACCACAACAGCACUUACCUCCCGAUCAAUAGAGUUGAUCUGGCCAAUUAGUAUUGCUUUUUUUUAAAAUAGGGCACUGCAGGCCACGUGUCGAAUCUCCUGCUUAAUCUAUUUUUAGAUAAUUUUCUUAGUGUACAGCUGUAAUUCAUUUGCAAGGACUCAGAACUGUAGUUUUAACAUUAACUAAAUGCCAUUUUAAUAAACAUCAUUUUCUUAUAAAAAUA